CCAGAUUUUGACAAUUUACCGCCUGGGAAUGCUGCCUACACCUCCGGACCCCCACCACAGUCGCUUCUGAUGGUAUCUCAACCUUCAAUCAACUCCGAGGUGCCAUAUCGCAGACGUUCAUCCCAUUCGCCGCAGGCAGCCAUGAGCGCGCCCGCAAUUCGUGACCGAACUCCCAUCCGGCACCAUAGGCCCAGCCUUUCUCGAGAUCGCAGUCACAGUCGGAGCGAUAUGCUGCUGGCGUACGCCACCGAACAAAACCAAUUGCACCAGACGCAAUCACUACCGUCAAUGGCUGCUAUGCCGUCACAAGGUGGGUCGACAAUGCCACAAAUGUACAAUAUGCCUUCGUACAGCAUGUCGCCCCCCAUUAGCAGUUUCCCGCACCAAGGGGGGUAUUUUGGAUCGCCAGUUCCGCCACCGACGGCGCAACAAGACACGACCACCGAUUUUCCGCUUCACCACAAUGAAACGGAAGCCCACGCAUUCUAUCCAGUGGGGCGCACCCCUUCUCAUGGUUCAGCAAUGAGCCUACCUGCGCCCGAUUCGCCCAAUGCUUUGUACUUGCACGGCCAGCCACAACAUAGCCAACAGCCAUUGCCCUCAAUUGGGAUGGCGAUGCAACCCUUCCCACCAGUGCCACUAACAUUGGAGUCCUCUCCCGCGGAAAUCGAGAUCAUGCCAUCGAGACCCAAACCACAGUGCUGGGAUCACGGAUGCAACGGACGUCAGUUCUCGACCUUCUCGAACUUGCUACGUCACCAGAGAGAGAAGAGUGGCAGCGCGGUCAAAGCUAUCUGCCCACACUGUGGUACGGAAUUCACGAGAACAACGGCUAGAAAUGGCCACAUGUCGGGCGGCAAGUGCAAAGGGAGGCCUGAAGGGGAGACUUCGAACCGGGCAAAAAAAGAA